CUCAAACCCUUUAGCCUUCACAUUUCCAGAAUGUUCACAAGUAAAUCCUCAACCAGAGAAAACCCUAACCCUACCCCUCACCUUCGAAUGACUUCCACUACAUUUCUCAACCCAUUAAGCUUCCUCCCAUCCCCACGAGUCCCAAACCCUAAUGAGAGGAGAGGAAGGAGGAGAUCAACCGAGCCCGGCCGCUACCUUGGAGUUCGAAGGAGGCCAUGGGGUAGAUAUGCAGCUGAGAUAAGAGACCCUACCACUAAAGAAAGGCACUGGCUUGGCACUUUUGACACUGCACAAGAAGCUGCCAUAGCUUAUGACAGAUCCGCAAUCUCAAUGAAAGGAGCCCAAGCCAGAACCAACUUCAUUUAUGCUCCCCUUAACGUCAGCCAAAUCCUAGUUACCCAAAAUGCGCCUAUAUUACAGCAUGUAUCAACCGACACAACACAUGUUGCGUGUAGUGAGCCUGAGCCAGUUUUUGAUGUGGCGAGCGAGUUUCGGUUUGAUGAAGAUAGAGGGUCUGGUGAUUUGAGUAGUGUUGUUCCUGAGAGCUUGUUGAGAUCAAGUUCAAAGGAUGAUGUUAGUGAUCAUCAUAAUGCAGCAGUUGGCUCUUCUUCAGGUAAUUUUGAGGAGAAUGUUUGGGGAGGGCAUGAUUGUAAUUAUUGGCAGCAGGAAGAUCUUUGGGGGGAGGAUCAUCUUAGAGCUCCGUUGAUGGUUGGUGGGCCUGUUUCUGAGUCGGCGUCGCAGGUCUCCCAGUGGCGUGGGAUGGAUAGUGGUGAUGUGUUUGGCUUGGACUACUACUCAAUGUCAUAAGUAUUGAUGUUGAGAGAAGAUGAACUAGGGUUAGGGUUUCUCAUUUUCCUUUUUGUUGCACAAGUUUUGUUCUAAUUAAUGUUGGCAUGUUUAUGCUCUUAAUCUCACUUCUUCGCUAGGGUUUGUUAUUUCUAUUAGUAAAGAAGGAUUAAUUACUG